AUGACCAAGGACAGUCCCUCAGAUGGGGGUGGCAGUCCUGCGCCCCUGCGCCCCCCUCAACAGACCCCACACAAAGCACCCUGCCAGCACUCCGCUGGCAGCGGGGCAAACAGCAGCGGCUGCGGCCCACCCCCAUCUCCUUUCCACGACGACCACCGGCGGGAACUAGAGACGCUGAGGGCCAAGUUGGAAGAGGAGCGCCUGCACUCUCGAGAGGCCCGGCGUUGUUUCGCCGUCGAGGCUCGGGAGCUCCGCCAGGCCGCCGAACAAGACCGGCAGCUGCUGGCUGACCAGCUCCGCUCCAAAUGGGAGCAGCAGCGGGCCCGCGAGCUCCACCAGCUGAGGGAGGCCACCGCGAGACACCGCGAGGCCGAGAUCCGGCAGCUGAUGCGCUGGAAAGAGGCCGAGCUGCGUGAGGCCCAGGAGCUCCUGUGGCAGGAGCGCGAUGCUGCCAUGCGGCAGGCCCGGGACUUGCAGCGUCAGCUGGCCAAAGAGCUGGUCAGCCAUGGCGGCGGCAGCAGCCGUGGAGAAGGAGGAGCCUCGGGCGGGGGGCCUAACGCCGAGUCCCACACCAAACUCCAAGAAGUCCUGGGCAAGCUCCGGUGGGAGGUCGACGGCGACCAGGCCGCUAGGAUCCGCCACCUCAAAGCCGAGCUGGAGCUGGAGCGGAGCCUCUUCCUCAAGUAUAUCCUGGAGCCCUUUGAAGGGGAGCCUUUGCCUGUGGGCUCCCCGCACAGAUUCAGCCAAGCCUCCUCGCCCCAGCACCUGGGCAGGGCCAGGCCCCAUUCCUGGCAGAGUCGCACUGCUGCCUCCACCCCAGAUGUCACUUCAGUUUUCAGGUCCCGCUCCCUGGUUAACAACCCGAGCAGAGGUGAGUCUCCCUGCCGCCACCCACUGCUGGAAGAAGGGAGCCCCUCCGACAGCAGCUGUCAGGAGCGGUCCCAGAAGAAAGCAUUGGGUAAAGAACUGGAUGUUGAGAAGGAGUCCAAGCAAGAGGCCUCGGUGGAUUCGCCCCCAAAAGGAAGAGUGGGCACUUGGGGGGCUGCCGGAGAAUGUGCUCAAGAAGCACAGCCACAGCAAGGCUGGUUGUCUGGCAACAGUUAUAACCAGCUGGUGAAGCAGAACACAGACUUGCUGAAGGCCCUGAGGGAGCUGGAGCAGAGGUGCACUCGCCUCAGGGAAGAGAACACCCUGCUCAGGAGGAGCAGCUUCCCAGACAGAGUGAAAUGGCUGAAAAGGAAGGCUGCCGAGCUGGCCGUCAUCGCCCAGCGGCUGGACGAAAGCUCCAAGAAAUUCCAAGAGCUCCGUCUGCUGAAGCUGUGCGAAAACCUUCGACGCGAGGUAGAGGAAAAACAGAAAAGGUGCGAUGAGAUUGAACUGAAACUUAAUACCAUGUUGAGCGAAAACGCCAGGUUAUCUGAGGAAAACUCUCAACUCCAAAAGGAAAACAAGCAGGAGGAAAAGAUUGAAAAUGAAAAUGCUGAUCUGAAGGUGAAACUAAUGCAGGCCACUGAUGAGAGAAAUUCUGCUGUUCAGUUGGCUGAAGGACUUGAAGCCAAAAUAGAGAAUUUAGAACAAGUAAUCAAGGACAUGAAACAGACAGCAGAACGUCAGCAGAGGUCAAAAUCUGAACAUGAGAAAACUUUACUGGAGCUGCAAAAGAAGGAAGAAGAAAUACAGCGACUGCAGCAAGCACAAAGAGAAAUAAAAAGACACUAUGAAGAAGAAGUACAGUUACUUGAUGCUGAGGUGAAUGAAUUAGAAAAUCAUUAUCAUAGUCAAACAGAACAUUUUGAUCUUCUGUCUCAAGAACUUGAGCGACUACAAAUUCAAAAGUCUGGGAUUCUGGGAUCAGAACUGUCUCAAGCAACAUGCAGUUCCACAGGAACGAGCUGUCCCGAGAAAUGGGAACAAGAGACCUACCAUGCUCUCCAUUGCAGUGACAGUACCAAUGAUGAAGACCGUGCAUCCGUGGCUUCUGUUGAUUUGAUCAAAAGUCCUUCAAAACUGCGCGUUUUUUUAGCCCGAGACAGUUACGAUCCUUUCAAUGGCCCUAAUAAGACUCCUGAGGCAGAACUUCCGCUAACAGCUGGAGAAUAUGUUUAUGUGUGUGGAGAUAUGGAUGAGGAUGGUUUCUAUGAAGGAGAGUUAAUGGAUGGCAGGAGAGGGAUGGUACCCUCAAAUAUGGUUGAGGAAGUUGCAGGUAAUGAUCUAAUUAGUUUCAUUCCUUCGGAGCCAAGUGACAUUUCCUAUAACUCAUUCCAUGAAACCAGUUUCCCCUGCCAAUGUGCUAGCAGUGACAGGAGAAGCAGCAGCCCAGAUGAAGAAGAUGUGUGUGUGAGCCUUCUGUCUAAGACACCAGAAGGGACAGUACGUGACGCCCAGGCAGCAGUGCCUUAUCCCCAAAAUGUGACUCUUCUCAAACAGUCGGCAAGAUCCAUUGUUAUAGGGUGGGAUCCACCCCAAGUGCCCAAGAGCUGGGGAGAAGUACUGAGCUACAACAUCUACGUCAAUGCAGAGUUGCGUCAAAAUGUGAAGGAAGGCAGUGAGAUGAGGACAGUGAUUGAGAACCUGGAUUUAAAGUUGCAGACUUACCGAAUCUCAGUUCAGAGUGUGACAGACAAAGGACAUUCUGAUGAAAUGCAAUGUACUUUCCUUGUAGGUAACACUUCCCAUAUUGCGCCAACUCUCCCAAACCUUCGGAACAUCACAGCCACAUCAGCAGAAGUCACUUGGUUACCAAGCAACAGUAACUAUACUCAUGCAGUGUACCUUAAUGAGAAGAAAUAUGGUGUGACAAAAGCAGGCGUCCACUGGUGUACUUUCCAAAACCUCAGGCCCAGCACUCGGUACAGCGUCAAAGUGGUACCUCUUGUGCCUAAUGAAGCGUUGGUCUAUCCUCAGAGGGGGUUGGAGCAGGGGUCAACAGAAGUUACAUUUACUACUCCAUCUGCGGGACCCCCCGAUGCCCCCCUUGAUGUCCAAGUCCACGCUGGUUCUUCUGCAGACUUUCUGGUUAUUAACUGGUUACCAGUAACAAUCCACGCAUCAGGAACAUCUAAUGGGGUGCAAGUCAUAGGCUACGCUAUUUAUGUCAGUGGACAGAAAGUAACCGAGAUAAUGUCACCAACAGCUGGGAGCGUAUCCUUAGAAGUUUCCCAACUCAAGAUGCUCCAAGGUCCUCAGACCGUUUCUGUAAGGACUGUUUCUCCGUUUGGGGAGUCUGGGGAUUCUGUGCAAACUUUAAUUCCGUCAACCCUGCUGAAAGUUCCUCACACUUUAUUCUCAAAGUAUGUUGCUUCUGGGCUUACUUUCAACGAAUCCUUAGAAUCUGAAGGCAGGCCAGUCCCUGCAACAACCUGUACAUCUUCAUCCAGCUUCUCUCACAUGUGUGUGUCCAAUCCAGAUACCAGUUUCACUGCUCACUUCACUGCUAACUGCAAAGACUCAGUAGGUCCUAUGCCCAUGGACAGUAUUUCUCAGAAUCAUAAUCCCUUUUCUCACAGUCAUACAAUGACAACUUCUCACAUUGUAAGAGAUGAAAAUAACGGAGAUUCCAUUUCGCAAAUAUCUGCUGGCAAGCAGACGUUACAGCAACCUUUUUCCGCAUUGUGGCAUGAAAGAUCUGCCAAUUCCACCCCAACAGUGGUAGAGGCAUUUGCUGAAGAGGCUGACAAGGACGAAGAUGUAGGUGCAAAGAUCUGUCUUCAGGAAGCACCAGACAAAUUCCCUGAGGACCAAAUGGAGCAAAUUCAACAACCAUGCAAAGAACUCUCUAUAUUAUCAGUGUCUGAACUUGAAGCACAGGAAGACAGAACAUCAAGAACAGGAAGCUGGCGGAGUUCUCUUGGUGACUACAGCCAUAACUCUGACCUUUCAGAUAUAGAGGAGGAGGAAGAAGAAGAGGACCAAGAGAGCAAACUGAGCAUUUCUGGAGAACAUGCCUGUGAGCCCCAGGGGAAAGCAGAAUCUCCCAUAGAACUGGCAAAAGACAAGAUUAUAACGAUGACUUUGAGAGGAGAUCAAACAGUGACACCCUCAGUGUCUAAUUCUGGCCCCCGAAGGAAUGUUGCUGCAGGAGAUUCAGUCUGUGAUGACUCCGAAAGAGUAUUCGUAGCCCUUUUUGACUAUGACCCCACUACUAUGUCACCGAAUUCUGAUGCAGAUGAAGAAGAGCUGCCAUUUAAAAAGGGGCAGAUUCUAAAAGUGAUCGGUGACAAAGAUGCUGAUGGUUUUUACAGAGGUGAAUGUGAAGGAAAAAAAGGGUUGAUUCCCGGCAAUAUGGUCUCUGAAAUGCGUAUUGAUAGUAUGGAAGUAAAAAAACAGCUGUUAAAGAAAGCUUAUGAAGGAUGA